CUCCAUUUUCACAUAACAAAGAAGUAAAAUGUCACCAUAACAUGAAAAAAUACUGAUAAUUUUUACCAAUACCAUCAAAACCAUCGGCUCUGGGUAUAAAUAAAAUUUCAACAAUGGCGAAUUUCAGAUUGGGUGAAUAUGUUUAUCACAAAGAAAUUCCAGUAGCCAAAAUUAAUAGACCAGUGUUUGAUAAUGAAUUCCUCGCUAUGAAAGAGCAUUUCGAAAAUGAAAUGCGUAGAAUGGACCAGGAAAUAACUAGAUUCAGAUUAAAAUGGGCACGUCUCAUAACAGAACGGAUAGACAAAGAAAAGAAUACAAAAAAGUUGAAAAAAGAUCAAUCAUUAUCACCACUAGCGGAGAUAUAUUCUAGAGCAACAUCUUAUAGUCAGCAAGACUUACAAGAGAAAAGCACAAAUCUGACGAAUCUUUACAGCAUGGCAUCAUCGCAUUGUAGCAUAAAUUCGUCGCAAACCCAGGUCCCUAAAGUGCAACUCUCCAAUGAAAGGGACCUUCUAAAGAACAGUCCUCUGGUAGUUGGCGAAGGUGAAGACAAGAAACUCAAAUUACAAUUUGACCUUAGCCAAUUCGAUCCUUCGGAGGUGAAAGUAACAAUAGUUGAUGAUAUACUAAUGGUGGAAGCAACUCAUGUAGAGAAAACUCCGAGCAUCACAAUCUAUAGAGAAUACGCAAGAGAAGUGCAACUUCCGAAAGGUUUGGAUCCUGACGCAAUAUAUUCAAAUCUAUCAAGAGAUGGAGUACUAACAGUUCAAGCGUCAUUGUCACAUGCACAAAGAUACCCAGAGAUUGAAGAGCCGAGAAGAGAAAUCAAAAUGAACAAGGAAUCCGGAGUUAGUACCAGAGUUGAUGUAGGAAUUUAAAUAGCAGAAUUAUUUGACAUUGAAUAAAACAUACUCGGAAAUAGAAAACAGGCUUCAGUAUUUGUUAAUCAGAUUAAAAGCAACUAAAUAACA